AUGACGUCGAUCCUCUGUCUGGCCCACUACUGUGAGCUUCACGGGCCCACGCCCUUGAUGGUUACAGAAGGGCUGCCGGUUCCCUGCAGCAUAUGCAACGACGAGGGGUUCCUCGGUACUUCGCCCACCGCUGAUUCCGACCGACCUCGUUCGAGUUCUCCCUCCAGACACCACGCCGACUCAACAAAUCUUCCUAAUAUUACAGAAGCGCUUCGUCGCAUGAGCUUUGCUGGCCAGCAGCGAAGCUCCUCUACUCCCGUCUCCGACCAGGAAGCUCGCGCGCGCCGCGCUUCCAUUCGCCAGGCAGCGCCGGCUGCUGCCUCGACCUCCUCUUCGGCGAUCGAGACACCUCCCCAGAGUUCUCCACCCAAUUCGCAACAACAGCAAGAUUCGCGUCAAGAGUCGGGCUUCCGAAAGACCUAUGAUGAAUACGUUACAAGACGCGCUGGGCCCUGCGAGGGCUGCGCGUUAACGUUGCCCAAGCAACAAGAAGCAGGCAAAGACGUCGGAGCCGUGGUGCGCCCCGAUCGCGGGCCGACACUACGAACCCGUGCGCCAUGCGCUCGCGUGUUUACCGCCGUUGGUACAACUAGUACCUCCUCGCCUUCUACUUCGCAGUCGUCUUCGUCUGUACCAUCCGAAGACGAGUCUACUUCCCAGCCCCCCCGCGAGUCUCCACGACGCCACGGAACGACCUCCUCGGUGGCAUCACGAUCAAGCACCUCGAGCACAUCGACCAAUGUCCACACUCACUAUAUCGAUUAUACCUCGACCCACGAGCCCAUAACCCCAUCAUCCUUUUCUAUGGUCCGCGCCUCAUGUCUUCGCACAUUGUCCCUCGAGACUCUGCCCCGCGCCCCAGCAACAGUAACUCCAUCCGCUGGCCCUGCUAUGCCCACACCAGGCGGUUCGCCCAACAACUCGGCCUACGUCACGACUCACAGCAUAGGCGCAGCCGCCUCGGGCGGCUCUAUCUUCUUCGGCGACCAAAGAACCGGCUAUACUACCGCCUACAUAUUCCGAGUGCCCGAUGUUCACGCCCGAGGUCAUAAGCGAGUCUAUGCCUUCAUGGCUCUAAGCACGCAUCCUGAGCCCCUCGCCGUCAAGACCUUUCCGUUCCUGUCGGCUGCUUUCCGCGACAUGGCCGCCUGGAUUCAAGAGCUUGCUGAGGCCGAGGCCGAGCGCGCUGCCGCUGCCGCAUCAGGCGAUUCCUCAACAGCCUCUGGGUCUACGGCUAGUAGUCCAAUCAUGCCUGGUCCUGGCUAUGGGAGCUUCACGUCAGAGCCUGCGCCGCUGCCGAAUCCCCCGCCUGUAGCUCCCGCCGGCGUCACUGGGAGCAGUAGCUUCUUGCUCGCUUCCGGGGGCGGGCUGUCAAGACGCAUGGGUGGCGGCUUCGGUGGAGCUGGGGGCAUCGCACUGAAGCAGAGGGGUUUGGCUGAGCUUGUGGGCCUGCCGGACUUCUUUUUUAAGCUGCAUGUGGAGUUUGUGAGGUUACUCCUGGAGAUUGGGGUUAUGGUGGGCAGUUAG